GGCUCGAUAGGUGAGAUAGCGUGUCGAGAUAAGGCCCGCUAGCUCGAUACACGGUCGUUGGAGCAGCUAGUGUACCGUGCACCUCUGCUCUGUUCGUGUAGCAGUACCUCUUGCCUACCUGCUGCUCACACUCCAAGGGGGAAGCAGAGUCAUUCUUGAGGCUCGAGUUGUAGCAAGAUAGCGGUGUGUACGUGUGUUGGUUUCUCGUGGUUCGUGUUUGUGUAAUCUGGAAAGCUGGUGAAGUGGUGAAGUGAAGUGCUUUUGUCAUUUUUGCGACUGUGUUACUGUGGUGAUUGACGUGUAGUGUGGUGCCGGGGGAAUGGUGAGUGGCAGAAAGUACUGAGGAGCGUAUAAUGUGUGGAGGUUGUGGUGAAGUGGUCACGUACGCGCACAUGUAAAGAGACCGUAAGUGAUUAUUGAGACAGGGACGGCUAAACAACAGAUCACCUUGAACAACAAUGGAGAAGAAAACGUGAUUAAAAUAUGUCCAAAAUGAAGUGUAUGUAGAAGAAGAAAAGAGAGAGAGAGAGAGAGAGAGAGAGAGAGAGAGAGAGAGAGAGAGAGAGAGAGAGAGAGAACCAAAGAACAAAAUCGUUAGAAACAGAAAGCACCACCGGCACCACCACCACCACCACCACCACCACCACCACCACCACCAACAACAACAACAACAACAACAACAACAACAACAACAACAACAACAAAAUGGAAGGCCUGGUAUUCUCACGAGCAUCACUAGGCGGAGGCAGCGGCGCCAGCAACCCUGGAGGCGGUGCAGGAGGCGUCUUGGGCAUGAACAGUAUCAGCAUCGGCAGCAGGAGUAGCAGUGCGUCGUCAGCAGAACGGUCACUGCUGCUGGGGGCGCUGGCGACGCACAUGGGGGUACUAGACGCGAGAGAGAACGACGCGCAGACGAUCAUUCGCAAGUCUGAGCUGUGGGACGAGAUCACGAGGCAGUUCAACGCACACACACUUGCCCCUCGAUCCCGCCAGCAGAUUCAGACCUUGUAUAAGAACAUGAAGGCAAAGGCCCGGCGGUAUGAGGCGCGCCUGGCGGAGGUAGCAAGCGGGGUGCCUCCCCCUGACCCUGACCCGAUAUCGGAGAUGCUGCUCGGCCUACUCCACCAGCAGAUGCAGCACCAGCGGCGCCACCUGCAGCGUCUCGCGGUGCUGGACAACUACAGCCAUAAUCACACACUACCCACACAGUCCCCGCCCACAGAUGAUACUGUUAAGCCUUUCAACGGCAAUGUGGACACGCCCAUUCUCACGCCCGAGCAGGUGAUGCAGGUGUCUCUCGAGGAAGGACUCGCCACGGAGAUAGACAUGAAGGACGAGCCUCAGGACACUAUCAUCACGACCUCCCCAGAGGAACACUUUCCGAAGAGGGACGAGGAGGAGGAAGAGGAAGGAAAAGAGAAAGAAGAGCAUAAAUCAUCUUCAAUUAUUUUCUCCGAGUCAGUUCUUGCUCCUCUGCGCACUGAAAUUUCUGCGAUAUCGCCUCUCCAGCAAGGGGUCUCCGUGACAAAUUCAGUAGCGGCCGCCUUACAUGAUCACCAACAGGAGGAGCAACAGCAGCAGCAGCAAGGGACAAUACAGCGGACGCCUCUUUCCUCACCCGCUCAAUGUUUUACCUCUUCGUCAUUGCGACUGAACAACACAACUAUUCCCUGUAGCACGAACCUACACAGCCCUUCCAAAACUCCGCUCAGUCUUCAGUUUCCGACCUCAUAUCUUUCACACACUGGCGCCCACACACUCUCCUAUUCCCGAAGCCCUCUGGGAACUAACACCGCCGCAGACCUCUUAUCUCAAACCACCAAGAGGCCCAAGCUGGACAUUGUGGGAGACUCGAGUCGGCUGAGAGGGUGUGGGGGCGGCCUGUCUACUCACUUCUCAAACUCCCACUGCUGCUGCCCUGACCUGCACGCCACCCUCGCUGCCCAGGCCGAGCAGGAACACCAGCUCAGAAUGAAGGCGUUGAUGGAGGAGAGCGAGGCGAGAGGCAAGGAACACGCCGUCAGGAUGAGAAUUCUUUCGCUGGAAGAGGAGAUGCUCAGGGCAAGGCUUGGGGUGGGAAAGGAGCGUGAGAGCGAUAAGGGAGCGUGUGUUCCUGAGCGUGAGGUUGACGGUGUGGAUGACAAAGACGACGAGUACAAUGUGUGAUGCAAGAGAAGUGGAUUUAUGUUAUGGAAUCGUUAUUUUAAUAGUAAGUACCAGAAAAUCAGCGUUUUCUUAACUAUUGUUUGAGUAACGAAGGUUGUUAAGGUCAUAAGAAUGCGUUGCCUGUUAAACAUAUUGGAGACGAAAUUGUGAAAUCAUUCGUGUGUAUGUAUUUUUCCUUUCCAAUGUUACAAACAACAACAAAUAUCAUAUAACGUUUGGAUUGCAUCUGUAAAAAUAUAUAUUCAAGUGAAUACGCUUCUACAUUUUAGUCGCCUACACACACACACACACACACACACACACACACACACACACACACACACACACACACACACACACACACACACACACACACACACACACACACACACACACACAUUUCCAUUGUUUAAACACACACUCAUCCUCAUAUUUCUGUCACACAUCUUCAUUUCAUUUCACUCUUCAUUCUUUCAUUUUAUUGGUCUCAUCGAGUUCCUGUUGAACACGUAGUGGGCAUAAUACUACACAAUACUACACUUCGAACUGUACAUAUGCGUCAUCACCUACACAUGUACAUUUGUCAUAUCUCCCUCAUCCUAUACAAUACCAACAAGAUUUCACUCGAGUAGUAACAUUAAUAGUCACUGUUCUUUAUGUUGUGAAUUUGAAGACUACAUCAUACAAAUAUAUUUCACUUCAUAAAAAUAAUUGUUCUCUUGAUAUUGAAUGGCUGGGUAUACUUUAGUUACAUGCGAAUUGAAGAGAAUGAAGACAGGGAAAAAGCGUGACAUAAAUAACUAAUUCUGCAGGGGAGCUGGCACCUAAGUGGGCUGGUUUUUUUUUUUUAUUAUUUUUGUUGCCCUGGCCGGCUUUCCCAAUCUUUCAUGAAAAAAGACCAGUUCACAAUAAGAAAUUUCACCAAAAGCCUUGCAAUUCAGUGACGUGGGAGUGGCGGUGAUACUUGAGCUGCGUCUCUGGAAAAGGAGGAUAUGUAAACUUUCCUGAAUGAUAAACUCAGUGCAGAU